AUGCGAACAUGGGUGAAGGGAACGCUGCGGCAGAAGAUGACAUUCUAUGCGAAAUGCAAGGGUUAUGGUGCAGGUUGUGAUUCGCUUAUCCGAGCUAGCUUGAUUCGAAAGAAAGCUUGUUGGGAGAUCAGAAGAUAUAAUGGCAAACACACGUGCACCAUGGGAACAAUUUCACAAGAUCAUGCCAAGUUGGACUCAGACACAAUUGCAGAGGCUAUUAGACCGUUGGUCGAAGCAGACCCGUCGAUAAAGGUGAAGUCUAUUAUUGCUAAAGUUCAAUCCAGGUUCAACUACACUGUAAGUUACCGCAAAGCUUGGAUGGCAAAGGAGAAAUCUGUCGCAAAAGUUUUCGAUGAUUGGGAAGUUUCUUACCAGACUCUACCAAUAUGGUCGAAAGCAAUGAUUGUAAAGAUGCCAAGGUCUCGUGUGCAAAUUAAAAUGCUCCUUGUUUACCGUGAGAGUGAGGAGGUUCAAGGUGUAAGAGUUGAUGGCACGCACCUUUAUGGUAAAUAUAAAGGUGCACUUCUGGUUGCGGUUGCACAAGAUGGGAACCAAAAUAUUGUGCCCAUUGCAUUUGCGAUAGUCGAGGUUGCUCGCAGUAAUGGUGCAUGGUCACCACCAAGAGUGUGGCACAUGUACUGCAUCAAGCACAUCGGGUCUAACUUUUUAAGGAGGUUCAAGGCUCCGACGGAACAGGAGUACAAAAAAAACUACCAGAGGCUUAAAAAGCGGGGUGAGACAUAUACUCAAUGGUGCGAUGACAUCGGUGUUAAGAGAUGGGUGUUGGCAUUCGAUGGGGGUCAUCGUUGGAGACAUAUGACGACAAACUUGGUAGAGUGCAUAAAUUUUGUCCUAAAGGGUGCACGCAACCUUCCUGUGACUGCCAUUGUUAGAUCUACUUUCUAUCAGCUGAAUGAAUUGUUUACUCGAAAGAGCGCCGAGGCUCAUGAGCGUGUCCGCAAUGGAUUCACGUAUUCAGAAUUUGCAACGAAGAGAGUUGAAGAAAGCUUUCGACAUACAGGAAAUAUUGUGGUCAACCAGUUCGACAGGCGGAAGGAGAUGUUUGAGGUUCGCGAAAUGCAAGAUGGUUCCAUUUACACUGUUAACCUUGUGCAACGAUACUUCGACUGA